UUUAACACAUCAUAAAUCAUUGUGUAUUUCGUAGGCGGAAGUUUGGAUUACCCUUAGGCACCCUCAACAGUGUCCAGUUAUGUCACGUGACUGGUCAGUUAUCGGAACGGUUAACUUACUCAAAUGUACAGGGGUGCUAGGUUGUAUAUACUUUCACAAAUACACCAAUAUGUUCGUCAUAUUUUAUCACUUUUGUUAAAAUAGCAUAGAUAACGUAAUCUCUAUCAUAUAUGUCAAACAAUUUGUGUAAUAUUUUAAUAUUUUGCCCCUGUGAACUGUUAUCUAUUUAGCUGUGCUUCAUAUCGUGAUAAUGGAGUGGCCCUAUUGCGCAUUCUGAAAUCAACAAGCCGUAAUGACGUAAUGGCUAUCUCCUAAUCCACACCUUAUUUGUUUACUUUUUACUUAAAAACAACAAAAAAUGGCUGAUGGAACAUUUUGUGAAUACACGGGACAAAUGGAUAAUGCUUUAAUGUCGCAGAUGUCUGGAUACGGAACCAGAGGAACGUCCGAAAACUUGGGAGAUGGUCAAAGUCAGCAAAGUAAGGCAGGGCCUGGUUUUUACACAGAGCAAUUUCCGUCCGGAAUGUCCUCGGCUAUGAUGGAGAGCCUCGUAAUGUCAAAUAUGAUGUCUGGUAACCAUGGCAACCAAGAGGCACUCAUUGCAAGCAUGAUGAGCCAGGCUGCGGCAGCCUCAAGUGCAUACGAAAAUGCCGUAAAUUUUGCCCUCAAACCAGAGAAAGGUCUUCCGCCAACCCCUCCAGGUGAGGCUUCAGGAAGUCCCGAUGAUCCUAAAGGUGUACAAGCACAUUCUGCGCAACAAUCUAGUUACCACAGCAACAUGCACCCAGCAUCAAUGGUGGGCAUGCCAUCUUCAUUCAACCAUAACCUAUUAGCAAAACCUGUUCCUAUGAGACGAUUGUCAGACAAAAGGAUUACUCAACCUAGAAGUGGUAUGGGCGGAGAGCCUCCGGGAAUGAUGGAUCAUGAAGCCCCUCUUCCAGAUCCAGUUACAAAUCCCACACUUGCACGAGCUCUGGCAGCUGUAAAUCAAGGCCAGAAGCGACCGCGUAGUGAGAAAAAAGCAAUACCUGAUGAUGCUAAAGAUGAUAAAUAUUUCGAACGUCGCAAGAGAAACAACAAUGCAGCAAAAAAGUCACGAGAUGCCAGAAAAGCAAGAGAAGAUGAGAUAGCAAUACGUGCAAGUUUCCUGGAGAAAGAAAAUGCCAUUUUAAGAGCUCAAGUUACGACAUUGCGCGAGGAAGCCAACUCAUUACGGCAACUCUUGUUACAAAAACGAGCUUCUAGACAUUAACUGUCACUUCUGACACAAAACUUCAUAGAAACAAUUAGAUAUAUAUUGUUAUAUAUUUUGCAAUUUAGAAUCCAUGACCUUUAACUUUCACUUGACCUUUCAAGGUCAUGUGAUGGUAUGAAAGGUUCUUUGACUGCCAGUAGCGUUAGAUUGCUACAGUGAUAAUAUUAUUGAUAUUUCUUGUUGAUGUGUUUAUGUUUUUUUUGUGCUAUUUCAUGUUCUUUGUUGACAAUUUUACCUUAAUUCAUUUUAAUCACUCAGGUUUUACUCAGGGAUUCAUUGUAUAUCAUUUUAAAGUAUUAUAGUUAGCAUGAUGUAAUUAUGAUGUUGUAAAUAAAACCGUCAAGGGUGACAACUUGCAAAACUGGGUCAGUUAAUAUGACCUUAUUUGUAGCCAUUAAUUGCUUGUAUGGAAGUAAUAAUUACAAGAAUCUUUUAUUUUUGAGGUCGGUGCUGAAGAUUAUUGACCCAGUUUUCAAUUUGUUUUACUAUUGUUGCAAGCUGCUUAAAUUAGAAUGUGACAAAACCAAUGAUCUUCAAUAUGGAAUAGACAAAUACUUAUUUAGAGCUCAGACGAAAUAUUCAUAGUGGAGGAAUUUUAUUUUACAGAAAACUUUUAAAGAAGUGUAUGAUUUCUUAGAGCAAAAUACAUUGCUCAAUUUAUUGUUCUUGUAGUGCUACAUAGCAAAAGAAAAGUUACUUUGUUGUUUCCAGCAGUUUACCAUUAGUUUAAGCCAAUCCUAUGAAUUCAUUAACUUAAAAUAUAUUCAGAGGUCAUCAUGUACAACAUAUAAAAACAAUUUUGAUUUUAAUAUUGUCUGAUAUGUUACGGGUACCUACAUUUUUAAACUCUUUAAGAAUUUGCUCAGUAUAUUGUUUUAAAAAGAAGAUAGAGAAAUUAUAUUUUUUCCGUAAGUAGUUCAGGAAUACUCGCUCAGUAUUUAGGGUACUGAUAUAUAUAUAUAUACCGGUCAAAUAUCGUGUUCAGUUUUAACCAAUGUUCAGGGAUUUACAUAUAAUUUGUUGUUUUGAUACUCAAUAGCCAUUAUAGAAUUGUUUAUUCCUGUUAGAUAUGCUUGUUUCAUAGUGUGUGUAUUUCACCUUUGUUCAUUAUUACAUGAAAGUCUCCAUGUUUUUUUCUAACUGUUGCCUUCCUGUCUAAUGUUUUUCAUAUUUGCAAAACAUCCGGGUAUAAAACCAUAGGCAUUUCUGCUCAUUGAAAUUAAAACUGGUGCUUCAUUUAAAAAACAGUCAUAUCAUGUGGAUAUUAGUGGAGAAAAUAAGGCUCUUAAAUAAAGUGUUCCGUUUAUGAUUAAAGUAUAUUUAAGUGCUUUUAAAUGGAAUAUAGCAAAUCUUUUAGAGUAGAUAAGCAUUUUGGCAAGUGUUUGUAACAUUUUUUUCCUGUAGAAUAAUUGAGAAUGAGUAAUUGAUAUAGUUUUGAAUAUUUCCAGUGUUGGUGACUCCAAGAUGCCUAUAGUAUUAGUUUAAACAAUUUUUUAUUGUUUCAUGUAAAUGAUAUCUUUAAAUGAAUGAUUGUACUUAUGGUAUUGUGGUUUGUUUUCUCUCCUUAAAGCUCAAAUCUGUUUUCAAAUUAUAUAGAAAAUUCCAAUAGCUGCUAUAGUAUGUAUCAUUUACACGUAAGUACCAAUUCUAAUAAUUUCUAUAUCAAAUUCAGUAAACAUGUAUGAAAAUUUCAAUGAAAUUUCAAAGUUGUGAGGAAAGAUUGUCCUCAUGAAUUUUUUGUCAUUUUAUAAUUCAAUAAUGAUUUUGUAAAUAGUUGAAAAGGAUGUAUGGAAAUCCGUAAACACAAAUGUGCACUGUUUUUUAUUUGCAAUUUUGUGUUCAGUUUAAUCUAUUUGUUUGCAUAAUUGUAUGUGUUUAUAAUGGUAGGUAAGUGUGUAUUGAAAGAGAAAUAUGUAUGAAUUGUUUGUCAUGUAAGAGAAGUUGCAGUGGUAAAUUAUUAUGUCACUAGUAGAUAUUUUAAAAUUUCCUAAACUGAGUUUUAUAGGAUUGAUUUUCACAAUAUUGACUUGGUAUUAGUGAGAUUGUCCUGUAACUAGCGAUAUUGACCUGUAACUAGUUAUAUUGGCCUAUAACAAGUGAUAUUGACCUGUAACUAGUGAUAUUGGCCUGUAACUAGUGAUAUUGACCUGUUACUAGUGAUAUUGACCUGUUACUAGUGAUAUUGACCUAUAGCAAGUAAUAUUGACCUGUAACUAUUGAUAUUGACCUGUUGAACUAGUGAUACUGACCUCUUACCUGUAACUAGCAAUAUUAACAUGUUACUAGUGAUAUUGACCGGUUACUAGUGAUAUUGACCUGUAACUAGUGAUAUUGAUCUAUAACUAGUUAAAUUGACCUAUAACUAGUGAUACUAACCUGUGACUAAAUUUUUUAACACCUAAUAAGUUUUUGACCAUGCAGCUUCUCUUACAAAGUUAUUAUUUGUAUCAUUGAUAUCCAUGUAUAGAAUAUUAUAGUGAAGUAUAUUAUUUUGUUUUAUUGCAUGUUACAUUAUAUCAUCCAAGGACAAGUAUUCAGAAGAGUUAUGUUAAUAUUAUAUAAAAAAAUCUGUUUCAAUAAGAACAUUUAUAAUACUACUAGAGAUGAAUUCCCUUUACCAGGCAUCUAUAAGAAAAAAUCCACAAAAAAUAAUAUGUGAAUACUAUUCAAGUUUUAGUAAAAAAGUAAUAAUCAAAUUUAAACUUUCACUGCUGUCAUGAAGUUACUUUGAUUCGAGGACUAAGAGAAUGAAAAUAAUGUCUAUUAAAAAAAAAUUUCAAAUUUUUUUAAUCUCAAAAGUAAAUUAUUCAGACAAAGUUAAGAUACGAAACUGUAACAAAUGAUGCUUAUUAUUUAGCUGUCCAAUUUCUGCAAUGGAGGUGAUAAAUAAUGUUUGUGUUACAAACAGAACAUGAUGUCUUUGGUACUUAAAAUAAAAUAAAAUAGAUUUUUUAUCACAAUUAAAAUUAAAUGUAUAUGUUUUGUAUGAUGUUUUUGGAAAGAUAUGGAAAAAAGUUUUAUCAGAGUUACCUCCCUUGUACCUGUAAUUCGUUUUCUUUGGGCAUUACUCAUUGUUCAUGUAAACAUUUUGAUGAUUUUGUUUUAGUUCAUUUCUUUAUUCAAAUAUGAAUUUAGCUUCAAAUUUGUGUUUGUGAUUACCAAAGUGCCAGUAUAUGUAUCAUUGUUUUACAAACCGGUGAAAGUAUAAAUGUGUUUUUGAUGUAAUUGUUGGAUUAUCAGGGAGAAUUUAUGGCCAUUCUUUUAUGAUUUUCGUAUUUGUGUUUUUUAUAUAGCUAAAAAGUAAAUGUUUGUUCACCAGUUUUACUUGGUUUAUAUUUAAGUUAUAAAUAUAGCAUAUGUGUGGUCGUGUUGAUAUAAGAAAACAUUUUUAUUUAGACUAAACACCACUGCAGAUCACCAUAAGAUGAAAUUCACGAUAACAUGAAAAUGAAAAUAGUAAACUUGAAAUAGUUAUGUUGAUGUUUUCAGACAGUUAAGCAAACUAGGAAAGUUGUGGAAUUGGAAGUAAAUAUUUGUUUACAUACAAACCUUUGAUAAUUCUGUCAAACAUAUUUAUUGAAAAAGAAAGCUGCUUUUUGUAAUACAGUCAUGCAAAAAUUCAACAAAACCAUACUGACUGUAUUGUAACAUGUAUUGUAACACAAUUAUUCUAGUUGUUUUAGAGACUAAGAUAAUUUUUGGAAAAUAGUAUCACUAUAAAGUAUUGUUUAAACUAAAUCUUGUUCCUAUAAAUUUAUUACAAAUAUCUCAAAGUUGAAUUAAUAAUGCUUUGUCAAUCUGUCCACUUGAUGAGAAACUAAAAGAAAUUUGUAUACAAAAAAAAACAUUGAAAGCAUAGUAUAUAUAUAGUUUGAUGAGAAUUUUAUAAUUUAUAUCAAAUAAAGCUUGCAAAAUUUUUAAUGGGUACACUAACAGUUAGUGCAUUAGCAUGGAGAGAUAUUUCUUUUUUUAAUGUGCUAAAAUAGAUUUUUAUCUGUGACAUUGAUUCAGACUGAGUCUGCUUUUCAUUGAACAGAAUGUAAAAGUAAGUUUGGUCAUCAAUUUUGACUGGGAGGAGUUUGAGUUUAUGUUUUCAACAAUUCUAAAAUUUUAAAGUAAAUUCAAUUUUAUAUAUAAUUGCAACUUUCUUGAAAAUAAAUUAUAAUUAUAGUUUUAGAUAUAUUUUGGUCAUGUAGUAUUUUUAAUAAUUGUGCAGUUGAUCUUCUAUUCACAACUUUGCGAUGAUCCAAUUUACGACUGAAGGGGAGUGACAAUCUAGUGGUAAAGGUGUCUGUCUUAGGGACCUAUAAACCAUUGGUCAAAAUUUUAUCAAUUUGGCUACAGAAAUUUUAAUUUAACUACAACAUUUCUUGCCCAUGUUAUGCUAUUUUUUUAUCGGAAUUUUGUACGAAAUCAAAAUCACAUUAAUUGGGCUAAUUGAAAUUUCCAGCUAUGCUAAGACCCAGGGAUGGUGUGCUUUGUGCCUGACUGGGUUAUAGACCAUGUUUAAUCUUCAUGGUUACCAGUAGUUCUAUGUAGCCAACUGAACCAUUUGAAUUAUGUAAGGUGAGAAUUGUCUUGGAAAAAAAAGGAAUGACUACAUGUAUAUUAUUAAGUAACAUAUGAAUUUUUUUGCCUGUGAUGAGAGGGAAAACCAGUUUUUAUGUGUCUUAUACUAGCAGUAUUACAUUUUAACCAAAUCUCAGGGACAUGAUAAUUGUUUUACACAUAUAUAAGAGUAUUGGUAAGCCUUAAAACCGUAGAUUUUAUUAGUGAAGUAUAUGUUACAGUUUAUAUUUAACAUGUAUGUAUUUUAAGAUGUUGUUUAUUACUGUAUAACAAUACAAUAAUUAGACUUGUACUGAUUAUUGAUGUUCAAGCGAGGAAAAAAAGUACAUAGUUCCAACUGUUAGCUGCUGAUUUUUGGUUUAAACUUGAUGUGUUAACCUAAUUUUACUCUGUUUAAAAUGUGUAUGCUAAAUAAAAUAACGUAAAAUAGAAA